AAAAAAAAAAAAAAAACGGAAAACCAUCAAAUUGACUUUUCGUCUGUUCUAGAAUCUGUCUACGACACAGAAGAAGCGAUUCGUUAUCCAACAGAUACGCCGAUGAUGCAGACCAAUCUAGAGAAGAAGAUAUGGAGAAGCUACAAGGAGACGUUUGAACGACUUUCAGAUUGGCGAAGGGCUGUGAUACGAAGGGCGGCGCGUCAACCUCAACAGAUGGGAGCAGCGCGUCGUCUGAGGAAGGCUAGACAGCGGAAGAAGAAGAUGGUGGAUGCGGGAAGAGGAUUGACAAACCUGUUCGAGAAACGGAUCUACGAGCUACGAGAGUGUUUCGAAGAUCUCGGGCUGAUGGGAUAUGGCAGCGACUUGAUCAUCCUCUUCUUCAACAUCUUCCACACCUAUCAAAUCGUCACACACAAACGUCUGGCAUAUUUCUUGAAUGAGGAAAAUCGGGGCAGAUUGAUCUUCUCGUACUCCGUCAGCAGGUUCUCCUCCACUCAGUGGCAUCUGUCUCUCAGAGACACUUACAGAAACUUCAACCUCAAACUAAGCCUUCAAGAAAGCCGCUUGACAAAAAAUCUUGCAGGCCUCCUGAAGCUCUUGGAUUGGGACACUUGGGGAUCCAUCGAAUUUGAAUAUCUGGCCACUGAGCUUUCACAAACAACGUAUGAUAGAUCACUUCCCCAGGAUUUACGAGCCAUGAAAGCCACGUUCCUUGAAUUUGCAGGAUCCCCGUCCCAAGACAAGCUUUCAGUGGCUGAGCUGGAGGGCCUCUUGAGAAGAUUAGUGACUUACAUAUCGGAAGAGUUACCACACCAGAUGCUGGGAUCACAUUCAAGUGAUUUCAUCGAAUUCAAACUGCUUUAUGACAUGUUCAGCUUCAUCAAAAGGAGUUAUACAAUCUUUGAGGUUGAAGACAUGGAGGCUAUAGAUCUUGAUCAUUUCUUUGAAGCUCAAGGUUCAAAAUCGAUUCUUCAAUCAAACAAUUAUCAACCCAAUUCCAAGUUUAUCUGCUCAGACUGA